UUUUAUUUUACAGCCAUAUGCUCUGUUUCCAGAUCGCUUCGCUUCCUUUUUAAUCAUCCCAUUCCCAAUUGACCAAGAGGAAUCAUUUCAGCUCAGUUUCAGAUCAGAGCUUCUUCUCUUGAGCCGCCGCCAUGGAAGAAAAGGUAGUGCUUAUGGUGUUGAAAGUUGACCUUGAAUGCGAGCGUUGCUACAAGAAAGUCAAGAAAGUUCUUUCCAAAUUCCCUCAAAUUCGAGAUCAGGUUUAUAAUGACAAACAAGGGACGGUGCUAAUCAAAGUGGUUUGCUGUUCGCCUGAAAAGAUCAUGAAGAAAAUCUGCUGCAAAGGCGAUGGAUCCAUUAAGAGCAUCGAGAUCAAAGAGCCCGAGAAAAAGAAAGAGGAGAAGAAGGAAGAGAAAAAGGAAGAGAAGAAGAAAGAAGAGAAGAAAGAAGAGAAAAAGGAAGAGAAGAAGAAAGAGGAGAAGAAAGAGGAGAAGAAGAAAGAGGAGAAGAAGGAGGAGAAGAAGGAGGAGAAAAAGGAAGAGAAGAAGAAAGAGGAGAAAAAGGAAGAGAAGAAGGCGGAAGGGGAAAAGCCGAAACUGGUGGCGCAACCGGUUCAAGGCUACCCACCGCUGCCGUACUCGGUUUGCUGCACUUCAUGUUACGAGGGUCGGCCGUGUUACCAAUACCAAUACCAAUACAACGGCUACGGGGUACCGGCGGCGGCGGCGGCGGCGGCACCGUACUAUGUCGGACGACCUGUUUACGACAGCUACGGCGGGAGGGGAUAUUCGAUGGGGCAGAGUUCUGAUUACUACAACCCAGAAAAUCCAACAGGAUGCUCAAUCAUGUGAUUGUGAAUGCUACUGCUAUGAGACCCAUGUUCGUAAUUGUGAUCCCGACGGUAAAUUAUGAACGGUGGUGAAAAUUCAUGUCCUUUUUGUUUCUUUGUGUUGAAAGUUGUAAUUAAAAGCGUUCCUAGUGAGAACAGAAAAAUAAAAGCCAUGGAAUGGAAGGAUAUUUGGUUUGUUUCAUAUUACAUUUAUAAAUUAUAAAGUUUGUCUUUAUCA